AUGGCUAAGUGCUUGAAAAUUCUCAAGAAGAUACAAAAAGCAGAUAUUAAUUACCGCAAUGAAACAGACCGACUUGCUAGCGAGUUUGAGGACGAACUCGCAAAUGUCGAGGACAAAGAACCAGUCCUUCGUGAUUUACGGGGGACACUUGAUAUGACUGAUAAAAGCUCCCAGUGCAACCUCAGGCUCGAACACAUUCUCGAAGAAUUUAGCAGUGAGAUCGAUUGUGACGUUUCUAGCGCUUAUGAGUCUUCCUCUGAAGAGGACUCGUGUGAUGAAGAAUGGGUUCCUACCACACCUCCCCACACCCGAGGCGCGAGACGGCGUUUGGUCUUUGACUCCGAGGAGGAAACCAAGUCUUCAGAGGAAGCGCGUCAGGAUAAACUCAAGCAGAAAAAAGCCCAUUCCUCAAAGAGACUGCGAGAGGAAGAAGCCGCGGAACAACCUUCAAAACGAGUCCGCCGAGAAGCUGUCCAACCAAGAAACGUUUUCGAUGACAUCGAGGAUGAGCAAACUCGUGAUAGUUUCGGUUAUACACGACACGAAGAAAAGCAAAAGAAUACCGCUGACGACUUAGAAGAAAACAAUCAACAGGAAGAUGAGUCCGAAAAUGAGCCUGAUGCUUUAGAGAGUGACGAUUAUUCAAACGUUGAGGACUACGAGUCGGAAGAAGAAGUCUUUCAGCCUGCUCAUGAUGUCAAUAACAAAGACCAUCACUCAGGACAAAAUUCUCAAACCGAAGGUGAGUUGAGCUCUCAACUGAUCGAAGACACCCCUGGACCAAGCUCUCGACUGAUCGAAGACACACCUGGACCAAGCUCUCGACUGAUCGGGGACGCUCCAUCACCACGCUCUCAACUGAUCGAAGACACACCUAGAUCAAGCUCACGACUGAUCGGAGACGCUCCUACACCAAGCUCUCAACUGAUCGAGGACACUCCUGGACCAAGCUCUCAACUGAUCCAGGGCAGUCCUGAAUCAAGCUGUCGACGUCAAGAUGAUCAGCAGAAGUCUCAAAAAUGGCAACUCUGGAGUCCAUCCCAAUGGGAAAUCAUCGGUAAAUCACCUCCACCUGACUACGAUCCUAACCAGCGCUUCGGGAGAAGCGUUAUCCGCUUCGCCGCACCUGCUGAAAACAAAAACGAUCAAGUUAUUGACUUAACAGGCUCUCCUGAUCGGAAAAUCAACGUCGAUGGUCAUAUGAAAGACGGGUCAGAAGUUAUCGAUCUCACUGAUACCUUUGACGACGACGACAGUGUUGACGAUGACAUGAUCAAUGGGUUGGUUGCCGAAGCAGAGGAGAGAGAAAGACAGCAACUUCAAUCAGAACUGGAAAAUCCUUCACGCGGAGGUGAAACACUUGAUGACUGUUUCAGAUUUGGGAUUAUCACAAAAGAUGCCAUAGAGUUUAUCGAAGAGACCAUCUAUGAACAAGAAGCCUACUCCGAUCCUUCUCCCACAAUUUCGCCCAUAAAAACAUACACUCAACUCUAA